GGGGCGCCAGAGCCCAUCCUCUGGCACAAGUGCAUGAUGGGUAUGAAACCCUCCCUGUGAAGAAGGGGGUCGCAACUGUUCCAGAGACCAAACGGCAGAUCCAGCAAUUGGAGUCUGAGCUCAGGAGAAAGCGGAAACAAUGUGAAAACCUUGAACAUGAAGUGAGGAAGAAGCACAAGAGAUGUGCAGAGCUCGAAAUCCAACUGCAGGAGGUGCAAAGCAAUAAUGUCCGGCUGUGUGAGGAGAACACUCUGCUUCAUGGGCAAUUGGAGUGGACAGAAAAGGUUGAAUCUGAAAAUGCUGACUUGAGGUUGCAGGUGGCUGUGGUGACCGAGGAACGGGAUUCUGCUCUCCAGAAAACCCAGGAGCUCCAGAACAGGCUGGAGAGUCUCGGGCAGGCGCUGAAGCACAUGAGAGAUGUUGCGGAACGAAGGCAGCAGCUGGAACAGGAGCACGAGAGGGCCCUGCAGGCCUUGCAGAAGAAACAGGAGGAAGUCAGGCAACUGCAGCAGGCCCAGGCUGAAGCAAGGAAGGAGCACGAAGGAGCUGUCCAGCUCUUGGAGAAUUCCUUGGAUUGCAUGCAGGCCCGCGUGAGAGAGCUGGAGGAUCAGUGCCAUAGCCACACGGAGCAGUUUAACUUCCUCUCUCAAGAGCUCAAGCAGUUUCGCCUCCAAACUGAGAAAAUCGGUCUUCCGCCCUCCUCCCAGGUGACAUCCGAGGUCACCUUCACCACUUGCCAGACUUCUCUGCAGCUCCUGGAGGGACUCAAGGAGAAAGAUCCAGAAAUUGCCACCAUCUCUCCCCGGUGCAGCCAGAAAGCUCAAGAUGGAGGGCUGGAAGGAUCCUCCCGCCUUGCUGACCCUGCGGUGCCCGUUGUAGUCAGAAGCCCAGAUGCAAAUACCCCUCCGCUUGCCUUGAAGAAAAUGGUCAGGAAACUGGAGUCCCAGUCCAGCUCCUCAAGAUCCGAAUCCAUGCAGAACAGCCCCAAAUCCUGCCCUACCCCUGAGGUGGACACAGCCAGUGAAAUGGAAGAGCUGGAUAUCGACAUGAUCUCACUAAUCCCAGAACCAGAGAACCAGGGUCCAGUGAAGCUCCGAGUCUUCUUAGCUCGUUACAGCUACAAUCCAUUUGCCGGCCCCAACGAGAACCCCGAAGCAGAACUCCCGCUGACGGCCGGUGAAUACAUUUACGUCUACGGAGAAAUGGACGAAGAUGGCUUCUUUGAAGGGGAGCUGAUGGAUGGGCGGAGAGGCCUGGUCCCCUCCAACUUCGUAGAGCGAGUUUCGGAUGAGGACCUUGUGACAUUCCUGCCUCAGGAGCUCCACGAUCUCUCCCAGAGCUCCCCUCUGGAACGGAGCUUCCUUAGCACCAGCCUCAGCAGUGCGGAAAGGAGCGACUGCUCCACCGAGGAGCUCAGCGCCAGCACGGCACCCUCCAGGCUGGAAGAGGACGAGGGAGCCAUACCCACGGAACGAGCCUCGCUAGUAGUGCCUUACCCCAGGAAGGUGACCCUCAUCAAGCAGUUUGGCAGCAGCCUCUUGGUGGGAUGGGAGCCCCCCCUGCCGACCCCCGGCUCCUCGGAGAUCCAGAGCUACAACCUCUACGUGGAUUCCGAGCUGCGGCAAACCGUGAAGGCCGGAUCGCAGACGAAGGCUGUCGUUGAGAGGCUGGACUUGAAAACGAGAACCUACCGCCUCUCUGUGCAAAGCGUCUCGGAGGCCGGGAGCUCUGACCGGCUGCGGUGCACUUUCCUUGCCGGGGGCGGGUUUGCCGUGGCCCCCACCCAGCUCAGGGUGCGGAGCGUAGGGGCCACCUCAGCGCAGAUCUCCUGGAUGCCGAGCAACAGCAACUUCCCACACACCGUGUACCUUAACAGGGAGGAGCACGAGGCCACCAAGGCGGGAGUCUACUGGUACACCUUCCGGAACUUGAAUCCGAGCACUUCCUACGUGGCCACGGUGGAAGUCCAGCCGCAGCAGCAGGUGCUUGGGGAACCGUCCCCAGAGAAGCAGGAUCAGCUGCUUUCCGCAGAGAUCCAGUUCACAACGGCAUCAGCAGGGUCUCCAGAUGCUCCCCUGGAUGUCCGAGUGGAGGCUGGUCCCAGUCCUGGGAUUCUGGUGAUCAGCUGGCUGCCUGUCACCAUCGACGCGGAAGGAUCGUCCAACGGGGUGCGAGUCACCGGCUACGCCGUGUACGCAGAUGGGCAAAAGGUGAUGGAAGUGACCUCUCCGACAGCUGGCAGCGUCCUGGCUGAGAUUUCCCAGCUCCAGAUCCUGCAGAUCUGCCAGGAAGUCUCCGUAAGAACUGUGUCCCUUUAUGGCGAGUCAGUGGAUUCGGUGCCGGCUCAAAUCCCCUUGGCUCUGUUGGGAGACACCACCAGCUGUUCCUCCCCGUUGGAGUUUGGCGGUCCUGCUGUGCAGCUUCCGGGCGGGGAGGGGCGGGACGUCCUCGCUGCCCAGACCUCCCAGGCAUGCGGGACGGAGGACACCCCUGCAGCCGCAACCACCGAUUCGUUUGCCAAAUCCACCUCCCAGCCUAGCAUCAGCCGAAAGAAGUCUGGGAGCGCCUUGCUGGCGGAGACCUCUCCCAAUGGGUCCAGCUCUCCCUCCGGGGCUGCCUUGACACGUGUGCCGCAGGAGACACCUCCAGAAACGGGUCCUCUGCCAAGAGGCGAAGGCAAUGCUUUUGUGCCAGUGACUGAGGACAAUUCAGCCAUGCUCAGGAAGGCUGCCCAGAAGGAAUGUGAAGAGGGUGACCUGUUGCUGCAACCAUUUCCUUCCCAGCAACCCCUGCUGGUGUCCAGAGUGCAGGAAGCAGCGAGCCGAGGGGAAGCCUGCUCUGCCGAUAUGAGGGCGAAAGAGCCCCCACCCGAAAAGGGGGCAGAAAGCGAUCAAAGUUGCCUGGGAAUGAAGCUGUUGCCACCCAGCAGAUCUUCCCUGCAAUGCGAGGACAGGUCUGGCGACUCAGGGCAAAGCGAGAGGCGAGCCCCAGAAUCUGUGGCUGGAUCUUCCGCGAGGCUGAAGAUGCUGAAGGAGAUUCCCAGGGAUGACUCCUUGCUGGUGCCCAGGGUCAGAAGAGAGGGAGAGAAAAGGUCUGAUGCGGGAAAUCGUCCAGUGACUCUUCUGACUGACCACAGCCGCGGGUCGGACCUGUCUGAUAUCAUGGAGGAAGAGGAGGAGGAAGAAGAGGAAGCGAGUCAGCAGUCUGGCAAGGCAGGAGAAUCAAAAUGGGCUCCAAGUGAAUGCCCAGGCAGAGAAAAUGGAGAGAAGCUGGACCUUGGCGACACUGACAGUGAUGAAGAGAUCCUGGAACGGAUCCUGGAGAUGCCAUUGCAAAAAAACUGCAGCAAAGCACUUUUCAGCAUCCCAGAAGUAACGGAAGAAGAGGAGGAGGAAGAAGAUUGGGACUGCGGCCUGAACAGACCAGUUUCACCCCCUCUGGCAGGGAAGUCUUCUGACGACUUCCGGGAUAAGUCUCCCUACAAAAGAAAAGACGUUCCUCCGCUUCCUGUGGAUGCUCCACCGAAGAGGAACCAGGUUCUGUCAGAGGAGGAAGUCUUGCUGGAUGUCCCUGGGAAGUUCAGGAGAGAGGGUGUGAGUGAAAUGCCAACUUACCCUGGGAGCUGGGAGUGGGAUUGCCCUGAGAUUGCUGUGGAAAGGAAGUCUUCCCACUGGGGAAGGCCCAGCCGUUGCAGAGAGAAAGCACUCAGCCCAUCGCAGGGAAACAGGAAGAGGAAGGUGGAUAUACAAGAGCGAUCCGCCCGUUCCAUGCUGAGCAAUUCCCACCAAGUCGGAGGAGGCCUCUACAGGGCCCGGAGCCUGAAGGAAAACUUGGACGUGAUCACCAGCCUCGGGGUGGAGGACGAGUCGGAUCUGUGCAGCUGGGCGAGGCAGAGACCCCGCCAAAGGAGGACGGUGCCCCUCAAGGCGGCGGGAGAGGAAGGCGGCCCCGGGGGCUUCUCCCGCUGCCUCAGCCCGGAGAGCUUGGAGAUCAACGUCGAGUACGACUCCGACGAGGACAUGACGAUCACGUCCACCCCGGCCAGCCAGCUCAGUUUGGACGGGAGGGCCGACGGAUCCCCCACGGACUGCGAAGAGGGGUGGAGCGACUCCUCCAGCCACUCGGGGUCAGUCCAGUCCAGCGGGCCGAGGGAGCUGAAGAGGUGCAGCAGCUGGGAAGAGGAGAGCGGGGAUUGGAGCACGUCCCCCAGCCGCUCACCCGGGAGGCUCUGCUGGAGGAGGAGGGCCCCCGUGGGCGCCUCCGAGGAGCGGAGCCGGAGCCUGGAGAGGACCCCCUCUCUCUGGAGAGGCGGGCUGGAGCGGCCUUGGAAGGAUGUCCUUCCAUCGUCACACCGACGGGUGUCGGGCAAUGGCAACCUUGAGCUGCUGAACUCAACCUCUUGCCGGGUUCCUACCAGGAGAGGCAGGCAUCCCCGAAGAAGGCGUCAAGAUGUAGCAGAACCUCCCGACACAAAUUCCGAUUCUUGGAGAAGCCCUUCCCCUGAAACAAUGGACUCUGGGGGCUCAGCCCGACUCUUUGUGGCCCUCUUUGACUAUGACCCUUCCUCGAUGUCUCCGAACCCCGACGCAGCCGAGGAAGAGCUCCCCUUUCAGGAGGGACAGAUCCUGAAGGUUUAUGGCCACAAGGAUGCUGACGGAUUCUACAGAGGAAAAUGCGGGGGAAGGAUGGGCUAUGUCCCCUGCAACAUGGUCUCUGAGGUCCAGGUGGACAGCGAGGCCACCAGGAAGCAGCUCCUAGAGGAAGGACGGAUCCCUACGGACAUGCUGGUGGAAAGUCUAGAUAACGGUGUGUUUUCCCCGCCUCCUCGUCGCCUCACAUUUCGCCCUCCGAAGCCUCGGCGGUCCAAAAAAGUGGAGCAGGAGAAGCAAGAAGAGAAGAAUCCUUGCUUUGAUGCACAUGAAGGUCAGGAUCUGAGCUCUGAGGACGAUGCCCCAAGGACUAUGGUGGCCAUCUUUGACUACAACCCCAAAGAGAAUUCCCCCAACCUGGAUACGGAGGCAGAGCUGAGGUUUAGUGCUGGGGAUAUUGUCACUGUGCUCAGUUCCAUGGACGAUGACGGGUUCUAUUAUGGGGAGGUGAAUGGGCAGAAGGGCCUUGCACCAUCUAACUUCCUGGAAGCAAUGUCCUUGGAUGGAGAGCUACCUGGGGAGCCAAGCCUUGGAAGGCAGAGAAUGAGAAAGCGGAGAGUCCAGUGACACACGCCAGGCAGGCAGAGGGAGACAGAACGACGGAGAGAAACCAUCAGCGGCAUUCACCAGAUUAUGAGGCACAGCCUUCUGUCUUGGAGUAGUAGCUAGAUAGCCCCACUUCAUCACGCCAUCUCAGUCAGAUGAGAGCCUUUGACCCAUGGGCCUCUCGUGCUUCGGACUCAUCGGCUUGGAAGAAGGAGAAGAUAAGCAUCUGUGGGUCUGAGCAGGGCUGGCAAUGACGCAGAGCUGAGACGCUGCAGUGCAAGAUGAAUUCUGAUUACCAGAAACUUAAGCCUUGCUGGCAUUUGACUUCCAGGAACUGAGGAUGUGCUGGUCGCUCUGUGAAGCGCUCUAGAAAAGGGACUCCGACAGGAACAUUUGCCAUUUAGUUUACCUUUUCUCCGGUGUGUGGUUUUGGCUGUGAUGUUGUCCGAUGGAUGUUUCCCAUCUCCAUUAUCUGAGAAAACGUUCCCCUUGGUUAGGAACAGAAGCUCCUUUCCCUAGGCCUGCAUGGGGUGGGGUGGGGACUCUUGGCAGCUCACUCCUCCAUUCCACCAGUCCAGGAUUUUCCUUGAGGCCUCCCACUGGUCUGUUGGGGAUAGAUUUUUACAGCAGGAGCAUCCUCCACGGUGCCAUUCGAGAAAAAGACGGACAAUGAUCCCACCAGGGUGCAUUGAA